AUGUCUUCAAGGUCUGAUUAUCUAUCAAAGUAUCUUUCCAAGGGUGAUGAUAGUAAAGAGAAAAAGAAAUCCAAAAAGCAUAAGAAACCAAAACUUUCUGCUGGUUCUAAUAUAAUAAUAUCGCAUGCCACAAAUUGGAACUCAUCUACUGCCAACGAUGAUGAUCCUAUUGCAGAAGAUGAUCAAGAGGAACUGGUGAAUGAAGAAGCACCUGUCAAGGUUGAAGUCAAGAAUUCAACUCAAUUCAAGGGGUUUAAAAGAAUAGAUAAUGGAAAUGAGGUGAGUUUGGAUCCCGUGCCGACAAGGCCAUCACAAGAUGAGAUAGAUGGAUCACAACAAGAGACAGUGUAUAGAGAUUCAAAGGGAAGAGUUAUAGAUAUCAAUGCUCGGAAACAGCAAUUCGAAGCAGAUAAGAAAGAUAAAGAGAAUGAACGUACGUUUGAGGAAAUACGAACAACUAAAGAAAGUCAACUUCAACAAGAGAUCAAUUUAAAGAAUGCAAAAUCAAUCAUUAAUGAUGAGUUUGAAGAUCCAUUAAAUAUAUUCCAAUCUGAAAAAUCACAGAAGAAAGAGGUUUCUACAUCAUCAUCUCAAUAUGUAUACAAUAAAGGAAUGAUCCCACUUAAUAGAUUUGAUAUUAAACCGGGAUAUUUUUGGGAUGGUAUUGAUAGAUCAAAUGGAUUUGAAGAACUUGCAUUACGAAAACAGAAUGAAAAGAAAUUCAAAAAGCUUGAAUCAAGAAUUAAUGAAAGUUAUGGCGAUUUAGAUUAUGAUUAG